CUUUGGGAGUUGAGAGGGAUUAGUAUUUUUCCUGGGAUUCGAUGUCUCUGGCUUUAAUCCUCUCACAAUAGAUAGGACAUACAGACUGAUAGGAUGCUUAAAGCACUGGUUCUGGUUCCCCUGCUGGUCCUGGGAUGGACCGGGACCCUAGAUGGGCUCCCUGUGCUCCCAGAACCUCUCUUCCCGACGCAGGAGAACUUCGACGUGACCCGGUUUCUGGGAACAUGGCACGAUGUUGCCGUGGCGAGUUCAUGCCCCCACAUGCAGCGUCACAGGGGAGACGCAGCCAUCGGCAAACUGGUGCUGGAGAGCGGUACCACUGAAAGCACACUCAAGAUGACACGGACUGUUCUCAGACAUGGAACGUGCAAGGAGAUGUCUGGGGAUUACGAGUUAACCUCCACACCAGGACGAUUCUUCUACCACGUUGCGAAGUGGGGGGCAGACGUGGACGCCUACGUGGUUCACACAAACUACAACGAGUAUGCGAUAGUCAUAAUGAAGAAGCAUAAAUCAUCCGAGCAGUCGAGCACCUCCGUUAAGCUGUACAGCCGAACGAUGACCGUGAGAGCGACGGUGCUGGACGACUUCAAAACGCUCGUCAGAGAGCAGGGAAUGAGUGACGACACCGUCAUCAUUAGGCAGGACAAAGGUGACUGUGUUCCUGGAGUGCCGGAGGAAGAGACACCAACUCAGCCUGAGACUCAGCGGGUGAGGAGAAACGUGCUGCCUUCUUUGGCCCCUCCAGAAGUCGAGGGCUCCGGUGAUGAUGAUGACGCGCCGUUUUUCAACGGAACCGAGGCCUGCAAAGCAGCUCCAGACACAGGACCAUGUUUUGGGUCCGUUCAGCGUUUCUACUACAACUCUUCCUCAAUGAGCUGUGAACUCUUCCACUACGGAGGGUGUCUGGGCAACCAGAACAACUUUUUGAGCGAGAGAGAGUGUCUGCAGAGCUGUCGCAGUGAGGCUGUGUGCCGUCUGCCCAUGGCAGCCCAACCCUGCACAGGUCAGCCGCCCAUCUGGGCCUUUGACUCCACCAGCGGUCUGUGCGUGCCCUACAAACAGGGCUUCUGCCAGGCCAACGCCAACAAGUUCUACAGCAAGGCUGAGUGCGAGGAGUACUGCGGGGUGAUUAAAGAUGAUGGAGAGCUCCUGAGGGCAAAUUGAGAGACGUGAGGAAACAUCGCGGCUCCUCCGAACUCGGUGCACUGUACUAGCGAUGCACCAUCCAGCCAACGUCACAAAAGAAACUUGAAUUUACCUCAGCACAGAAUAUGAGAAGUUAUAUCACAACCGAUCAACAAUAAAUCAAGUCAUUAAUCUG